ACAAAACCCAGCUAACCUUUCUAAAUUAAGCAAGCUAUGUAACAAAGUUCCAAAUGGUAGACCCAGAGAACUUUUGUCACAGCCUUCCUGUUAUUUUCUGAAAACCGGAUCUCUCUUACCUUCAAGUUUCAAAUUGUUGAGGAGAAAUCAAUGUCCCCUUUAAAAUAACUUCUUUCGCCGUGGUAUUUCCCCUGACUUCAUUUUAAACAUGUCACUGAUACUAAAAAGAGCAAAGUAUGAAUCUUCAUUCUGUAGCAGCUUCUACAAUGAAGAGUACUGUUGUCUGCACCAGCUGGCAGGAGCUCAAUAUAGUUUAUUCAUGGAUUCAAGAAAGAAAAAACGUCGCAGUUUUGAGCUUCUGACUGGUAGGUGACCAGUCAGGACUGAUGAAGCUGAAAAUUGUGAGAUUUUGGUCACCAAUCUCUUGGUGCUCAAAUACGUCUGCCAUCCAAAAUUUACUUAUUACAGACUCUGAAUGAUCAUUUUUUCUGUGAAAACUCAGAUAAGAAUUAGAAUAUAACUUCUGCAUUAAACUUGUUUAAAACAAUGAUGGUUUUCUCUCACAGUGUACAAAUAGUCAUGCAUUCACCAGCUGGGACCUUGGUCUACAGCCUGAGUGGGAGUUCUUGGCUUAGACAAAGUAGACAGAGAAAAAUUAUUUUAAGGAUGAUUCUGGUAUUGGUGAGAUAUCUUUUGUAUCAUCAUCACAGUCAGUUGUUUUUGUAACACUUUAGAUUCAGCUUUGGCUUAUUCAAAGAUAAUAGUGCUUAGUUUUUGUUUUUUGAUUGUUUUGUUUAGUUAAAUUCUGAAAAUAUUGGAGUUUAAUAAAAAAUAAAAAAUUCUGUGGCAAAAAUGACUGUAUUCCAUAUUUAUUUGGUUGAUACCUCCAUUUAUGAUGUAUAAAUGGAAAUUUGAAACAACACAAGCUAAGAGUUUCUCCCAUCACUAAUUUUGCUCAUUUUGGGGGGAUUAAAAAGAUGAGUAAACUCAUUCAAGAUAAUCUGUGUCAGGUCCUACUCCAUGGAAGAACAUUGUUAGUGCAUUCUCUCUAAAUUUGCAUGCACUUAAGCAAGCUGAAUCGUGCCUGCCACCCACUAGUUAUUUUCCACCUGGUGCCCACCUACACCUACAAUAGUGAAGCAGAGCUAAGGAUAAACACAAAUACAGACAAAACAGAAUGCGCAUGGUGGUCACACUCUUCAGAUUAACCUCUAUUCACACUGAUGAGACCCAUUGUCUUUACCUAGAGCUCUCUGCAUCCAAAGCACAACACACACACCGCUCUGAAACAAUGGUAAUUGUGACCUAUCUUCUCGAACAGUAACUCUGUUUUGGUUUGGACUCUUUGAGGUCAGAACUCCAGGUCAGUCUGCAUCAACUUGCAACAAAAACAGAGGCAAUUAAUGUCCCAAAGCUCCCGCAAGACAUGUCAAGGUGUGUGGUUGAAGGAACGUGUUCGUCAAAGUUGUUCAAAAGUUGAACAAAAGUAUUUCAAGCUAAAUUGGCGGUUAGCUUUAGCUUUUACCAUUUCAAAAGUAGCAAUAAAGACAUUUGGAUACUUGGAUUGUAAUUUCUUCGUAACACGUCUUAAAUGAUAAUAAAAGGAUUGUCACCUGUAUUGCAGGAACAUGUAAUCCUUGACUUUAACUUUCAAAUCCUUCUGCAUUUGCAUGAAGUGCUUUUUCAAGGUUUAUCCACAGAUCUUACUCUAUAUUAAUCUCACAAAAUGAAGGGGAUAUGACAAACACCUUGCCUGCACUUGCAGAGAUAAAUCAUAAGGAAUUUUGACAUGUUUGAGAUCAUUAUCCCCAGAUGGAAGCCACACAUGAGUCUUUUACACAGGUGUAAUGCUAGAUUCCACAGUUUUGCAGCACAUAUUUCGCUUCUUAAAAAUAUAUUCUAAAAACUUGGCUUCAUAUGUGCUAACAUGAGAGCAGAGUAAAACUGCAGCUUUGCAGAGUGGACAGAUCCUUUCUUAGUAUCUUGUGCAAUCAAAUGGGAUUAUUAGGUUCAAUCAGUCCUACAAACUGUUUUUGAAAGCCCAAACUUGACCUUCAUCAUUUACGUUAACUCUCAUUUUGUAAUUACAUUAUGAAUUCAAUCAUAAACUCUACAGUAUACCUUAGUGUUAAGCACCUACUUUGAUGUUCCCAUUGAUGAAAUUUAAUGGAACGGGGUUGGAAGAGUUAAAGUACACCUGAAGGACAGAGACAUUAAUUACACAGCUUUAAACAAGUCAAAACAUCAAGAUGCUACAGUGAAACUUUCAAAAAAAUUUCACACUCAGGGCACAAACCUUUGUGUACAAUGUAAUAGUGCAUAUCUGUGAAGUGGUGCUAAGGUAAGUCAUUGUCUUAAAAAUUAUAUAAAGUAAAAAUAUGAAACUUGAGGUGUGCUUUGGUCCCAACCCCUUUAUUCUCAUACCCCUAAUUCAAUCAAUACUCUUGAUUAUUAUGAAUUGUCUUCAGAAAUUGCAUAAUUAAUAAAAGAAAGUCUGCCUUUCUGUAAUAUAAUUUCAUAGUAAAUACAGUUGUUCUGUCAUGUUCUCAGAAGUUUGUUAAGAAAAUUAUGGAGAAAAUUGUGGUUGCUACUUUCCAGUAGCAAUUUAGGAGACAUAUUAACAUGCAAAAUAUCUGUUGUGAUGACACCGAAUGUGAAAGUAGGUAGUAGUAGAAAUUGAUGGAGAUGAACGAAGAAUGUUGCUUUUCAUCUAAUCUGACAGAAUUGAGUCAUUUUGCAAAGCAGUAGAGAAAAUGCUUCAGUCUGUGCACAUGAAAACGUAAAUAAAUUACAUUGAUGUUUGUGACUAUAACAAAAAAUAUAUCUGUAAAUGUUCAGUGUAUGAAAACUAUUAUGAGGUUAUACAAAUAAGGUCUGGAACCUUUUUUUUAAAGCACUAAGAAUUCAGAUCUUUCAUUCUGAACAAGCUUUAGGUGGCCAUGCUCUUCCUUUACUGGUACAUGAAGAUUAUUACUUCACAAACAAAACAAGUUGUAAAUGAUGCUCUGAUUUAAGGUUUAUAUGUUCAGGGAACUGAAUUCAUUUCGAACUCUACUUCUAUGCGUAGUAGAAAUUUCAACCAAUGUCAUUUGCUAACUUGUAUUUCCAAAUAAACAUUAAGAAACUAUAGCGUUUUUGUGUUUGCUUUACUUUGCUAUUGUUUCUUCACAAUCUUGUAAUCAUGGAGACAGAAAGAGACGGAGGUAAAGAGGCAGAGGGGAAGAGGAGAUCAGGUUUCUCGGCAGCUCUGUACCCUAAUCCUGGAUUUGGAAAUGGGAUGAGAAGAACAUAGGUAAGUACAAACAACAAGCAAUUACAGCACUGACAUAGAAUUGAAAGGUGGGGGGAGAGCAGCUAGACAGGAAACGGGGAAUCUCAUAGGUUGUGAGAGGGGUUGGUUAGAUGUAGGUGGGAUAUAAAUACCUGCAGUAGACUAGGGCAGAAAAAUGCUGAGGGCAUGACAGAUGCUGACUUCCAUUGAUCGACGAAGGUUAUAACAAACCAGCAGGGCUGCAUUGUUUAGCUCUCAUUAGAGGAGACUCACAUUUCAGCAGGUGUAACAGUGAUUUUAAAUCGAACAUGAACCAUUUUGGUAUUCACCUCGUUUGAGGGUAGGGUUCUGCUUAAAACUUUAAAGAGUUUUGGCAGAGUUGCUGAAAGGAAAAAAAAAAAAGUAACCUCUCGCAGUUUUCUACUCUCCUAUUCCCAAGUGCCUCAAGGGAGAUGCAUGCUUGACUGAGCCAGAGAAAAAAGGACAAGAAAAGAAGACCAUACUCGAGGUGUAAGACAACUAACGCAGCCAGAAAAAGACAGCCGAACAAGAGAGGGGCCAAAGAAGACAAGACGGAAUCUCAAGAAAGAAGGCAAGAUGACAGAUUUUAGGAAUGCAAUUUAGAGAAGAAAACAUCAAUGGAAAACAAGACCAAAUAAAGUGAGUUAUUGUGCUUUAAAGGGAAGAAAGCUUUUAAAGAGACAAACAUCAGUUAACACUAAGACUGCUAAAGAAAGCCAAAGAAACAUGGCGUGUCAGGGAUUUGGUGCUGAUCCCUUCAACCCGCUGGCAGGCGAUUCACCCUUACCAAUCCUCAUGCACCAUGGCUCCACCGGUGACUGUUUACCAGCCACAUCCCAUGCUCACAGUAUGGUUUCUGCAGUAUCGUCAGGAUUGUCCCUGGGUCAGACCUCUAAGAGGUCCCACAUGCACCUGUCCACUUCCUCUCUUGGGAAUGCCCUCAGUAAUGCUCCUCCAAGUUUGCAUUACCCAGUCACCCCCUGCCAUUACAGCAACCAGCAAGCAACCUACGGCAUGAUGACAGCCCAGGAGAUGCUUUCUGCUAGUAUAUCUCAGACACGUAUCCUGCAAACCUGUGGCGUCCCUCACCCCAACAUGGUGAGUGCUGCAAAUCCAUUACAAGGCUCUCUGACUCCUUGCAUAUAUAAGUUUCCAGAUCAUGGACUCAGUAGCAGCUCUUGUGCUUUAAGCCACGGUUUUUCCUCGCUGCCGUCUACACUCCUUUCAGCCGACGAGGUCUCUGGGGGCCCCGGCGGAGAAGUGAAAGGUGACGCACAGCGGAAAGGGAUGCGGGAGCAGGAAGAAGCUCCCCCUAUGGACUCCCCACAGAUACGUGAACUGGAAAUGUUUGCUAAUGACUUCAAAAUACGUCGGAUCAAACUGGGCUACACUCAGACUAAUGUAGGCGAGGCUCUUGCCGCAGUGCACGGCUCAGAGUUCAGCCAGACCACGAUCUGCCGCUUUGAAAAUUUGCAGCUGAGCUUUAAGAACGCCUGCAAACUCAAGGCCAUUCUGGCAAAAUGGCUUGACGAGGCUGAGCUGGCUGGUGCGUUGUACAGUGAUAAAACUGGAAUGAAUGAGCGGAAGAGGAAAAGGAGAACAACCAUCAGCCUGGGAGCUAAGGAGGCCCUGGAGCGAAGCUUUGUGGAGAAAACUAAGCCAUCCUCUCAGGAAAUAGCCCGGAUAGCCAUAGGCCUCCAUCUGGAGAAGGAGGUGGUCCGAGUGUGGUUUUGCAACAGACGCCAAAGAGAGAAACGUGUCAAAACAAGUCUCAGCCUGAGCUCCUGUUUGACCAAAAUCAAUCCAAACUGUCUCACACAAAUAAGUAAAACCCAAAGACCACUUACGUAAACUGAAGCGCUAAAUUGGCUUCUGAGCUAAUGCGACGGAGGCUUUUUUAUGACCAUAACUUUUCUGACAGUUCCAAAAGUAAUAAAUUCAGUAACAUGCAGGAAUGGAGAUGCAUUUAUGAAAACCUUUGUAAAAAAAAAUAAACAUUCCUUGUGUUUCUUGUAUUAACUAUGAAUGUACUGAAAUCUAUUAGAAAUUAAUUCAGUUAAACAAUCCCUCGCAAAAAAUAUCCAUACCCUCAUGCGACAUAUUCUUCAUCGAGAAAGAACACAAAAUGGUACCAAAUUAUGAAGCGGAAGGAAAAUGACAAAUUAUAUUCACACUUUUUAACAAAUGGCAUCAAGUUUUUUGUUCCAAGAUGUUUUUUGCUGUUUUUUUCUCAGCUUUACUGAGUUAAUACUUUUGAGAACCAACUUUAAUUGUUACAGCAGCAAAUCUUUUCAGGUAUGCCUCCAGCGGCUUUGCACAACUGAGGAUUGAUUUUUUUAUUUAUUUAUUUAUUUAUUUUUUUCAGUUGAAGUUCAUUUGAAUUGAACCACAUUGAACAACAGUAAAAGCUAAUCACCCAAUGUGAUUUUCUCUGAAGGCACCGUGCCUCAGCUGAGUGCCUUUCUGAAAGCUUUAAUCUACAACAUGUCCUUCAGCUUGUGCUUAUUUGUUCCAAGAAAAAGUGAAAAAAAAUAUUGAUGAAAUUUCCAUCUAUCUCUUUUUUGACAUGUUUGUGUUCUUCAUUCGGAUGUUUUGUCUUGCCCUAUCUUAAUCAAACUACGGUACUUGAAAAAAUGUAGCUGAAGUUAAAACAAACUAUAAUAUAUAUUUAAAUUUUGACAACAACCUAUUUAUUUGAAAACUAAUAUUUUGCGUCAACAUGUUUUGCUGCAAUUUGUUUAUUUGAUGGACAAUUUAGAGUUAAAUAUCAAACUUUUAGACAGUACAGAGCUUUUUAGUCUGUUAUUUCUGUGAUGUUUUGAUUUUGCUGUUGCUUUGUGUUGCUUUGAUGUGUCAUACAAUGGGAAUCAUCAGCCAGCACUGACCCUGACCCUGUUGGACUGACUGAUGUGAAAUGUCCAAACUCUGACAGUUUGGACCUUGUAUUACUGUAACUACAACUUACAUCAAGCGCCAGUAACUGCGGUCUGGACCAGCUUGAAAUUGAUUUAGGAGAUCAAUAUAUAUGUUACAUAAAAUCUCAGCAAGACUGAUAGACAGUUUCUUUAUUCUUGCCAAAAAUGUCCAGUACUCCUUUGGUAAAAUGAACCGUCUGUCUGAGUAAUGGAUACUGGAAUGCACUCUAGGUUCAAACUGUGAAUUGAGUGUUAUGAUGAAAUAUAUCACCUGUGCCAAGUCUUGUUUUUACAGCUCUAUUAUCAAAUCAAUGCACACAUUAGGGAGACAGAGUGGGGAUUCGUAAAUAAAACCAGCCGACGCUUUAAUUCAGGAACAAACUGUUUCCGUUGUGACUUAUGUUGGGUUAUAUAACUCGAGUGCUGCCAGGGGAAUUAAAUGCAGCGGGGUUAUGGACUGCCAAUGCAAUUCUUAGGGUGUGAAAAGUUAAAGACAAGUUAUGCCUUAAAGAGAGUUGGUGAAAAGCUUCUUUGGCAAGAGUGAAAGUGCCUUUGUGUUAUUGAUGCUGGCUCUAAGGGUAGUGUUGCAAAUUUAUAAGUUAGUCUUUGGUCUCUCUUAACUUUCUAUACAUGUGAGAUUGUGUGAAUAGUUAAAAUGCAGGAAAUUUCAAAGCUAAACUCAGCAAAUUAUUGACAGUAUUACCUGCUUUCUGUCAUACCAUGUAAAUAUCUAAUGCUAUUGUGAAGGAAACACAUCAUAGGUUUCAUAUAUAUUGUUUAAGCAACAAAAUAUUGUUUUCACUAAAGAACGCAUGUAAUUUCUUGUCAGUGCAAACCAUUCUGGUGUCUUUAUUUGUUUUUUUUUUUGUUUUGUUUUUUUCAGAGUUGUCUGUAAACAAGCUCUAAAAGUCAAGUUAUUCUGUGGCUGUGCAGUCAUGAUCAAAACCUUUAAGACAAAUGUAGUUGUUCCAGAUUUAUGGCUUCAGUUUUGCUUAAUCGUUUUUCUUUCAAUGCUGUAUGUUUAUGGUACACAGGAGUGGGUAAUAAACAUUUUAUCAGUU